UGGUAAUUUUUAAUCUGAAUCUGAAUCGAUACGUUGCAGGGCCUUGUAGGGCGUAGGUCGCAACGGGAGAGAGACUAGUCCAACUGUGGAUUAAGCAGCGCAGUCCUAAACUAUUGACGGAAGCCGCGCACACAACACUGUCACUAACAUCAAUAAUAAAACAAGGUGGAAUAAACUUGACCUCUGUAACUUAUAAGAAGUGGGGUCACCACAACGCCUGAUUAUCAUGUCUGUUAACUGGGACACCCAAGAAAGCACCAGCUGCCUCCGAGCAGUUCUCAAAUGGGAGAUUCAGCAUCUGCUGGAGCGCCUAGCAGCCACUGGGGAGGAAACUCUCCUGCUUACAGUCAACCUUGAAAACCGUGACCUUGACCUUCUGGGGUCACCGUUAGCUCAGGGAUUUCUGGACACCAGUGACCUUGACAGUGUCAAGUCAAGAUUUGUGGAAUUCUGUACAGAAUGUUCGAAAGAACAAGGCAGAAGUAUAAAGACACACAAGUCUUCUGACAGGAAUGUCAACAGAAAGAGAAAAAAGUCCUGUAACUCGCUCCCACACAAGAGACCUUCACAUCAGAAUGGAAGACUUGUUGACUCAGCCAAUUCCCAGGAGUUCAUGAAUACAGGUUCCUCGGAUGUGUCUGACAAUGACCGGCAUGACACCAUACCGUGCCAGGAAAUUUUUGGGGUUAAUAACCAGUCUAAAUUAACAGAUCACCUUGAGAACCAGUCAAUGGACAAUAAAUCAGCAAAAUUUGAACAGAAAUCUUCUUCCCUGGCGGGUAACAGAUCUGUGAGAUUAAAAGUUGGUUCUGAUAACUGCAGUAGUGAGCGUUUAAAUGCAAUACAGCUUGAUUCUAGUAUGUGUAGUUUAAAUUCAUCCGAUUCCAGAGUGGAAGAAAGUGUUCACAGUGCAUAUAGAACAGAACGUGUUCACAGUGAAGCUAUGACACAAAGUGUUCACAGUGUAGAUAGAAGAGGAAGUGUUCAAAGUGAACAUAAAACAGACAAUAAAGCAUUAGAGGAGGAAGAUCUUACAGAUUCAGGAAACAGUUUGUCAGAAUCAUCAUUGUUGUCAUGGAAAAUGCCGGAUCAUUUCCCCACGUUGCCUAUCGAGGAUGACUCCCUUACCCCACCCACACUGGGGCAGCAUAUUCCUCCACAUCUAGCAUUCCUAUCACAGGGGACCUCAUCAUCGUCACGGGCCAAAUCUCCUUCUUUAAGCGCAAUUCCCCCCUCGUUUUCCAACAGCGUUAUAACACCUUCUGCCUCAAAACGUCCAAUAAGGAAAUGCAAGUCUGCUGGGAAGCAGACCGCACGGAAGUCGUUCCAGAACGGGACCCAGGACUCUGACCUACAGGCAGGCAUUAAACAGGAACCAGAGCCGGACUGCCUCCUGUCAGCACGCACCACACUGACCAGUGAGGGACACAUGAGACUAGUUACUGGCGAGGCUCCCAUGUCAGACCUGGUUACCGCGGCAACAGAUACUGAGGCCAAACCAUUCCCGCCACUGAGCUCACUCCCUUUUUCCAUGGCAAUAUCUGGGACCACAAGGCCACCCAGCAAACUGUUCCGUAGUCCAGCACAGGAUGAAGACACUUCUGAAACUGCUCUUCUGGACGCGGCGAAGGUCGGCGUGCGGUGCUACCAGUGCCCAAUAUGUCUACUGAUGACACGCGACCGACACGACUUGAAGCGCCAUCUACGUACCCAUACAAAGGAAAAGCCGUACAAGUGCAGCUACUGCAGUAGGAGUUUUACCCGUAAAUGGGACUUGGAGAAUCAUCAGGUGAAACACGGCGCGGUUAAACAGAGUGCACCAGCGCAGAGUCAGGGUGGGAUAGUGACAAUGGAUAGUUAUAGUAGACUGGUGGAGAAGGUGUUGAGUGGGUUGCGAGAGGGAAAACAGGGGCCAGAACUUAUAGAGGGGGAACAUUCAGGGGACGGGUCACAAGAGGGGAAUGUGGGGCAGGACAAUGUGGAGGGGGAGAGUGUGGAAAAUGGGGGGAGUUUGUUUGAGGAGCAUUGACGAUGUGAAAUUAUGGAAGUAUUGAUAUUUCAGCCUCACUCUGAGAAAAUGGGGCUUAAUGCAUGUGCGCGAAGUGUCAUCCCAGAAAAUCCAGUUAAGGCAGAAAGUGUUGUCCCUGAUUAGCCUGCGCAGACUGCAAAAUAUACAGACAGACAUAGCAGAAAUAUAUAUAGGCAGAACUGGUUUACCGAACAGGACAAUUUUAAAUCAAGAUAUUAUUGAUGGUGAUAGUAUAUAAAAUGUGUUAAUAUGUUCAAUGAUGCUAUGAAUUCAUGAGUAUUAAUUUAAAAAAAUGAUGAAUUCAAUCUGUUUAAAUUUGUAAUAGAAAUUAUCAUUUUGCUCAUAACUCGUUUACAUGUAACGGAGCAUGUUUUUAUCAAAUUCUGUUGUGGAAACUCGACUCUAAUCCCCCAAUCAGAAAGUAAAUAUUUUUCCAUACACAUAAAAAAGGUGCAAUUUCUUAAUUUAAGUUAAUGUCUGUAAAACAGGUAUUUAAAUUCUGUAUGCUUCUAACAAUGUAUGUAUGGGUAUGUCAAAUAUCUGAGUUUCUAUUUCACGGUAACUAGAUUUCAAUUUCUUAUUUUUUUUACUACAUUUAUAAGUCUUCAAUUCCCCUGUCUAGGUAAUCCAUGGAACUAUUCGCACCAUAAAAGGUACAUGACCCCAUGCCCCCGGAUUGAGAAUAUACGCUUUGUAAUUGUAAAAGUUUAUAAGAAUCCAUUCCGAAUUCAGAACACAUUGCAAUUCUUUGCCAGAAUACUGCUGAACAUUUGGGCCGUGUUCUGUGAAAAGGGGGUUCAAUGAAUGUUCGUAAAGUGUCGUCCCAGAUUAGCCUGUGCAGUCCACACAGGCUAAUCAAGGACGACACUUUCCGCCUAAAUUGGAUUUUUGCUAAGAAGAGAUUUCAUCUAAACCAAAAAUGUCAUAAAAGCAGAAAGUGUUGUCCCUGAUUAGCCUUUGCGGAUUGCACAGGCUAAUUUGGUAUGACACUUUAUGCACGUGAAUUAUGCCCAGUUUUCUAAGAACAUGACUCAUUUUAACAAGUUCUGUCAAAGCAUAAUACUUGUUAUUUUGUGAUUUGAGCCGCAUUCUGGGAAAACAGGGCUUAAUGCAUGUGUGUAAAGUGUGUGUGGUAUGCACAGGCUAGACAGGGAGGACAACGCUUUUAUGGAAUUUUUUGUUUAAAGGAGGUCAUUUCAUAAACAAAUUCCAGUGUAGUUGGAAAGUGUUGUCCCUGAUAAGCCUGUGCGGUGUGCACAGCCUUAUAUGGACACAACUUUACGAACAUGCAUUAAGCCCCGUUUUCCAAUGGCGUGGCUCAUAUUUAUGUCAUUUGUUUCUUGGCUUGACCUAUAAUGUUAUUAAUUAUUUAUUUAUUUGAAAUUUGGUGUAUGAGUAUGAAAUGUACAAUCCUUAUCAUACAAUACAUUCAAUAAAAAAACUUCACUC